UUUCUUUUGGCCUAGCUAGUGAUGAUCAAUCCCCAUCUCUGAAUGUCUGAAACUCAAAAUACUCACUAUUUCAGCUCAACUCACCCAUUUUCAACAUUACCUCUCUUCAAAAGCAUCAAUACAUGCUAUUUAUAAUUGCAUGUCGACUUCCAAUAUGCCAUUCCCUUGAACAUUAAUACUCUCUUCCUUUAUUUACUACUACAACUCCAUACUUUCACCCAUCGUAUCGAAACUUGUUACCCUAGAGGGAAAGGGAGAGUAUGUAAGAGAUCUAUUUAAAGCGCCCGGCCACUUUACUGAUCCCCUACUUCAUGUUCCAUCAUAUAGCUCUUCACAUAUAGUUAACCCUUCAAUCUGCUCCACCUAGAGAGAGAGAGAGAGAAACCCUACUUGUCUUUCCUGGUCUUCAUCAAUAUGUGGAUGAUGGGUUAUAGUGAUGGUGGGGAGUUUAACAUGCCUGACUCAUUCAAUGGUCGGAAACUCCGGCCGCUCAUCCCAAGGCCUCUGCUAUCAGCAAACAACAAUUCAACCACAACCCCUCCUCCUUGCUUGAGCCGUCUUCAUGGCACCGAUUUGUUUUCGCAAUAUCACCAUAUGGCAGCUGUGGCUGAGCAGAACAAGAGAGAGUUCAAUACUCCGCCGGUUGUAGUGAGCUCAAGGUGGAAUCCGACACCGGAGCAGUUGAGGGCGCUGGAAGAAUUAUACCGACGUGGGACGCGGACUCCUUCGGCUGAGCAAAUUCAGCAUAUUACCGCACAGCUUCGAAGAUACGGUAAGAUUGAAGGGAAGAAUGUUUUCUACUGGUUCCAGAAUCACAAGGCGAGAGAGAGACAGAAACGCCGUCGUCAAAUGGAAUCGGAUCCUGACGUACACCACCGAGAUAUCGAAAACUUGGAGAGGAAAGAAUUAGGGGCAAGCAAGACAGUGUUUGAAGUUGAACAGACAAAGAACUGGGCACCCCAUACGAACUGCAGUACUCCUGCAGAGGAAUCUGUUUCAACACAAAAGGCAGCAAAAGCAGCAGCAGCAGCAGUGGCAGAAUGUAGGACAGAUGGAUGGAUCCAAUUCGAUGAAGGAGAAUUACAGCAAAGAAGAAACUUUGUGGAAACGAAUGCCACGUGGCAGAUGAUGCAGUUGUCUUUUUGUGCUCCUCCCGCCCACCUCAUAAACACCCCUACUACUUUAUCUUCUGCUGCUACUGCUACUACAACCACAGCCCCAGCAACAGCAAGAUCAACAAUUGACCAAAAGUUCAUCAAGACUCGUGACCUGAACAUCUUUAUAGCACCCUACAGAUCAGAAUUAAGUGGUCUUAACCACUUGAACAGUGUCAGCGAUGAAUUUGAAGAUGAUGCUCAUGGCUGUGGAGAGUCUCAAACCCUUCAACUCUUCCCUCUUCGGAGUAGCAGGCGGCCGGAUGGAAACGAUAACAUUAACGACAAAGAGACUGAGAUAUCAGACUCAGCCAACUUCACACCUUGCCAGUUUUUUGAGUUCCUUCCAUUGAAAAACUAAACCAUACAUGCACGGAGUUUAUCUUUUGUGGGGAGAGGCGGCCAGCAAUAUUAUAUAGUCGAUUCUCAGAUAUUCCAUUAUGCGAUAUAUCAUGUAUGGAUGGAAGUUGAUAUAGCCUAGGUUUAGUAAUUGGGGUACUCAUGUUAUUGCAAGUAAUCUUAAUAGAAAAUGGGACUCGUUUAUUGUUAAUGAUGUAACAUUUCAUCGAUCAUGAAUAUGCAUUAAUGGGUAAGAUGC